AUGAAGUACUUGUGUUUCUCAAACAUUUCUUUCAUCUCCCCUUUCCGCUUCGGCUCUGUUAGGUUUUCCUUCCGCGUGUUUGCCGGAACUACUCCUCCACUCAUCGAAGCUGGAUAUGGUCAUGGGUUUAGUCAAUUUUGUUUUAAAAUGUCUGACGUGGAAGAGUAUCGUUGCUUCAUUGGUGGCCUUGCUUGGUCAACAUCUGAUAGAAAAUUAAAGGAUACAUUUGAAAAGUUUGGCAAACUUGUUGAGGCAAAGGUUGUUGUUGACAAGUUUUCUGGGCGUUCUCGUGGUUUUGGAUUUGUCACAUUUGAUGACAAGAAAGCAAUGGAAGAGGCUAUUGAUGCUAUGAAUGGGAUGGAUUUAGAUGGGCGAACUAUUACAGUUGAUAGAGCCCAGCCUCAACAAGGAUCAGCUAGAGAUGAUGGUGAUCGCUACCGGGAGCGAGGUCGUGAACGGAACCGAGAUUAUGGAGGUGGAGGUGGCCGAGGAUCUAAUGGUGGUGAAUGCUUUAAGUGUGGAAAACCUGGUCAUUUUGCUAGGGAAUGCCCUGGUGAAGGGUCCAGGGGUGGAAAGUAUGGUGGAAGGGAAAGUAGAUAUGGUGGAAGCAGUGGUGGUGGUCACUAUGGUCCAGAUAGAAAUGCAGAUCGUUCUUCAGGGGGCCGCAACAGGGAUGGUGGUAGUCAUGGAGAUUCUGGAAAUGAUCGACAUUAUCGUGAUCGUGCAGGACCGUAUGAGCGAGAGCGACGGGGAUCGGGAGGCUUUCGUUGA